AUGUCCAACUCGAGGGGUGUCCCUUAUUUCUUCAACGUCGAAACUAAGGCGUCAAGUUGGGACGCCCCGUCUGAGUUGACCCCAGACGAGAUCAAGAAUCUACCAGGCGUAGAAUACUUGUCUCAAGCCAAAAGCCAGACGUCUGGCAGCGGAGGAGGAAAGCCUGGCCAGGUGCGAGCCAGUCACCUGCUGGUGAAGCAUAGCGGUAGCCGACGCCCGUCAAGUUGGAAGGAGACGACUAUUACGCGCUCGAAAGACGAGGCGAUCGACAUUCUCAAAGGCUACCAGUCCCAAAUCAACGGUUCUGCUGAUGUUUUCGCGAAAUUGGCUGCAGAGCACUCCGACUGUUCAUCGCACUCCGCCGGCGGGGAUCUGGGGUGGUUUGGAAGGGGACAGAUGCAAAAGCCUUUCGAAGAUGCAGCGUAUGGCCUUGAGGUUGGUCAAAUCAGUGAUAUCAUUAGCACUGAUAGUGGCGUCCACCUCGUGAUGAGAACCGGGUGA